ACACCACCGUCACCGGCACGCACGUAUGUAGACGAUCCACCCGCUACCGCGACCCAUCCCCAAUCGCCGAUGGACGCCGCCGCGCCCGCGCCGCCUGCCUCGCCGCCGCUCGCCGUGCACCUCGUCACCGGCGGCGGGUCCUCGCCGGAGCACGCGCUCCUCCUGCGCUCCCUCGCCGCGGCGCGCGUCGUCGCCCUCGACGCCGAGUGGAAGCCGCGCCGCCGCGGCCCCGCCGUCGCCGAUGACCCUUCGGCGGCGGCGGCGGCUACUCCGCCCCCGCUGCAGUUCCCCACGGUCACGCUCCUCCAGGUGGCAUGCCGCGGCGACGGCGACGGGGGAGGGGCUGCGGCUGCCGAGGUGUUCGUCGUCGACCUCCUCGCGGUGCCGCUGGCCGAAUUGCGGGAGCCGCUGCGGGAGCUGUUCGAGAGGCCUGAGGUGCUGAAGCUGGGGUUCCGGUUCAAGCAGGACCUAGUGUACCUCUCGGCCACCUUCGCCGCUGCCCUCGGCUCCAGUGCCGGAUUCGAGAGAGUGGAGCCUUUCUUGGAUGUCACCAACGCUUAUUACUACCUGAAAGGCCAUGACAUGCAAAAGAGGCUUCCAAGGGAGACCAAGAGUUUGGCAACAAUUUGUGAGGAACUGCUUGGUGUUUAUUUAUCAAAGGAACUUCAAUGUAGUGAUUGGUCAUACCGUCCCUUAAGUGAAGGUCAAAUACAAUAUGCUGCAUCUGAUGCCUACUAUUUACUCGACAUAUUUGAUCUAUUCCAUCAAAAAAUCAGAACUGAAGGGAAGUGUUUGCCUACAAAUGAGCUAACAUCAGAUGGCCAUUGCCCCCAAAGGGACGCAGAAUGUUCUUCGUCUGAAGAUGCUGUUUGCUUUGAUGACUAUUUUACAUCCGUUGUGAUGAAGUACGCUGAGAAGAUUUUGCUUACAGAAUCAGAUACAAAACCACGUUCAUCAAGACGAAAAGAAAAACAAAAACUUGCAACCAAUGCCAAAUGCAAAGAGAAGUUUGAGGGCAGUACUGAAUGGCAGGGUCUUCCUCCAUGGGAUCCUUCUGCUGGUGGAGAUGGCUGCCCAAAAUUUUUGUGUGAUGUGAUGAUUGAGGGUUUAGCUAAGCACUUGAGAUGUGUUGGAAUAGAUGCUGCUACUCCAUCCUCAAGGAAGCCUGAACCAAGGGAACUGUUAAAUCAAACCUAUAAGGAAAGAAGAGUAUUACUUACAAGAGAUGUCAAGCUCUUAAAAUAUCAAUAUUUGACAAGUAACCAGGUAUACAGAGUGAAGAGCCUUCUCAAACAUGAUCAACUGGCAGAGGUGAUUGAUACUUUCCAGUUAAAGAUAUCCGAGGAUAAGCUUAUGUCGAGAUGUACAAAGUGCAAUGGAAGAUUCAUCCAAAAACCGCUCACACUCGAUGAGGCUAUUGAAGCUUCAAAAGGUUUCCAGAUUAUCCCUUCCUGCCUCUUCAAGCGAAACUUGGAGUUCUGGAAGUGCACUGACUGCAACCAGCUCUAUUGGGAGGGUACUCAAUACCACAAUGCAGUUCAGAAGUUUUUGUCAGUAUGCAACAUUAGCGACUGAGGAGCGCAAUACUAAUAUAUACUAUUGCCGUAUUACAGAGGAGUGCCAAGCUGCAGAGACUGUCUGACCUUUGGGGUUUUAGUCGCCCAGGAUGGUGAAGAUUUUUCAUUUUAUCGGUUUGCCAUUCAUCGUUUCCUUUUUUUCUCAUUGCCCCGCAGUUGUUGUAAAUAGCCAAUCACUUCAUCCGUUUCAAAUAAUAGUGGUGUGGCCCCCUCAGCCACCUGGGAUCGAAUUCCCACUAAACUGCAAAAAGAAAGACAAGGCUGAGAACGAAAGGAAACUGCUUGUUAAGUUGUACUACUACUGUACUUGAGACAUGCAACAAUACAGUUUAACUUGGGAAAUUCCAUACGUUGCCCAUC